CACAGCGAUGCCCUCCCCGGACCCCGCCAGCCUCACACCCCUGCCAGCCCGCCGCCUGUAGUGCGCACCGCCUCCUCGCCAAGCUCCGCCCCGCGUCCACCCCAGGGGUUAACUCGGACGAGCGGUCGUGUGGCAGAGGUAGUGUGCGCCGUCCGGGGCUAGAGCAAGCGCGCCCGUGCGGCCGGGAGCCAUGCUGAGGAGCUGCGCCGCGCGCCUCCGCACACUGGGGGCCCUGCGCGGGCCGCCGGGAGGCCGGCGCCUGCCGGGUAGUGAGCCGCGACCCGCGCUGGCCCCACAUUUGAGCGCCAAAGAUGGUAUAGGACUUUCUUCUCAAUUCAUCUAAAAAUUGGGUUCUUGUCACACAACCAGGAAAGAUCAGACUCAUGGACACAUAGAAGGGUGAGAAUAAUGGAAUUUAUUGGGCGAAAAAGGAAAAAGAGAAAAACCUCAGCAGUGGAAGAGGGACCUGUUCCUACUUUGCCACACAGGAACUCAAGAGGCUGGGCUCCUCACCUCUGCCAAUGGCAUGAACUUCUGUGGCUCCACCCCGUUCUCCCAGUCAAAGAUUUUCUGAACUGGAUUCUGAAAAAUACGGAAAAAAAUUACAAAUCCUGGGCUAAGGGCAAAGUGGUUUCAACCCUGAUCAUGUAUCCCCAACCCUCUGAGGUCAUUUUCUUCUGAGGAAGUCAUUCUUAGGGAUUAUUCUGUCCCCAACCCCAGCUGGAACAAGGACCUAAGACUGCUCUUUGACCAGUUUAUGAAGAAAUGUGAAGACGGCUCCUGGAAACGUUUGCCUUCAUAUAAACGUAUACCUGCUGAAAAGAUUCAAGACUUCAAAACCCAUUUGCUUGACCCAAAGCUUAUGAAAGAAGAACAAAUGUCACAGACCCAGCUCUUCACCAGAAGCUUUGAUGAUGGCCUGGGCUUUGAAUACGUGAUGUUCUACAGUGACGUCGAGAAAAGGAUGGUUUGCUUAUUUCAAGGAGGCCCUUACCUGGAAGGACCACCUGGAUUCGUUCAUGGAGGUGCCAUUGCAACCAUGAUUGAUACUACUGUUGGUAUGUGUGCAUUGAUGGCUGGGGGAGUCGUCAUGACUGCCAAUCUCAACAUCAAUUAUAAAAGACCUAUCCCUCUUUGCUCUGCUGUUACGAUAAAUAGCCAACUUGAUAAAGUUGAAGGAAGGAAAUUUUUUGUUUCCUGUAAUGUUCAGAGUGUUGAUGAGAAGACCCUAUACUCAGAGGCAACAAACGCAGAAGUUGAGGCAAACCUGGGAUUUGUAUCUGGGUCCUCCUGGCUUCAGAUCCCAAACUUCCAGCAUCAGGAUUCACUACCCCUCCGUGAUGACCAACACAGAAGUGCGUAAAGGUGUGAUGGUUUCUGCAGGUCAAGGAACCCAGCUUUCCUGAGGGCAGGGCAGCCUUGGCGGGAGUUUGACAAGGAGCCCUCCAGAAGUUGCCUGUGGUAAACCUGCAGGGGCUGAAUCUUCAGGUGGGAUCUGACGUCUAGAGAAGGUCCUUCCUCAUCCAGAAUGGCCAGAGGGGAAUCCGCCCGGACGGCACCACUCCAAAGUGCUGGGAGUCCCACGAUCCCAUGGGGAGCCAGCCAGUCCACAUCAGGGGAGCUCAGCACAUGUCCAAGGUGAUCUGAGAAGGGCUCCCAGGGCCACCCAAGACAAA